ACACGAUGAGAGUCUUUAUAUGUUGGAUGGAAUCAGAUGAUGAAACAAUCAUUCUUCUACACAAAUCAUCAUCAACUAACUUUUAGCAACUGGGUUUCGCUUGUUUGAUUCAGAAGUGCUGGGAUUUUUUAUCAGACGAUUGCAAAUUCUUUAAAAACAAGUUUUGAUCAUGAGCAUGAUGAUAUACUGAUAUGAGUCAAAGUUUUCUUCGAAGAAUUGAGUUUUAUUUUUCCUCUCUCAGAAGACAAGAAUUGAAGAAUUAGCAACUGUGAUCAGAUGAUUUCUUAUGAUUGUUAACAAAAAGGACUGAACAUCAAAAGAUUUCGUGAAGAAAAGAGGUGUAAAAUGGAGAAAUUUGACGUUUUAGAAGAGAUCUCUGAUCCUGGAUUAGAAUCAUUACGAAUUUCCUCAAUGGAUCAUGAUCAAUCAUCACCCACAUUGAACUCAACACACAGUGGAAAUUCAAAUUCUUAUGCUUACUGUAGAACGAAUUCAGAGACUACUUCAGUUUUUUCUGAACAAUUAACAGAUGAUUUUACUAGCUCCUCAUCAGAUAGAAAUUCUCCAGUAUGCUGGCCAGCUACAGGAAGAUCACCUUAUCAGCCAACCCUUUCAAGAUUCGGUGGAAUUAGGCAUAAUCACAGGCAAGAUCUGAAACCUGCUGAUUUUGAGCUUGAAAUGAUGAAAGAAAGAUUUUCAAAGCUUUUGUUGGGGGAGGAUAUGUCGGGUAGUGGGAAAGGAGUUUCAACUGCAGUUACUAUCUCUAAUGCUAUCACAAAUCUUUAUGUUUCUAUGUUUGGUCAACACCAGAGGCUAGAACCAUUAUAUAUGGAUAAAAAGAUGAUGUGGAAAAGGGAAAUGACAUGCUUAUUAUCCGUAUGUGAUUACAUUGUUGAACACAUACCACCAAUGCAACACUUACAAAAUGGAGCAUCCAUGGAGAUGAUGUUUAGCAGGCUGAGAUCAGAUAUAGAUAUCAACCUUCCUGCCUUAAUUAAGCUUGAUGCAUUGCUCAUAGAAAUACUAGAGAGUUUUCAAGAAACAGAAUUUUGGUAUGAUGAACAAGGAAGCAUAUCGGGAAAGUCACUAAACGGAUCAUUCCGGAAGGUUCCUCAGCCUCACCGGAACGAAGAAAAGUGGUGGUUGCCGGUGCCUUGUGUCCCCUCCGGCGGCCUCUCGGAGGCGGCUAAAAAGCAUUUGAGACAGAAACGUGAUUCGGCCAAUCAAAUACAUAAAGCAGCAAUGGCCAUUAAUACCAACCUACUUUCCGAUAUGGAAAUCCCUCGUACGUAUAUUGCUUCCCUUCCUAAGAGUGGAAGAGCAAGUGUAGGUGAUACGAUAUACCGAUACAUGACUUCAACAACCAAAUUCUCCCCAGACUACCUCCUCGAUUUGCUCAACAUAACCUCUGAACACGAAGCACUUGAAAUAGCGGAUCGUGUAGAGGCGGCUAUGUUCACAUGGAGACAAAAAGCAUCCUUAAACCAUCCAAAAACAUCAUGGGACAUAGUUAAGGAACACAUGGAGGGGGACAAGAAUGUCGUACUAGCCGAAAAAGCACAUGUUUUGUUGUUUAGUUUGAAACAACGAUUCCCCGAACUUGCACAAACAACAUUAGACACGAGCAAGAUUCAAUACAAUAAGGAUGUGGGACAAGCUAUAUUAGAAAGUUACUCAAGGGUUUUGGAAGGUUUAGCAUUCAAUAUUGUUGGUUGGAUUGAAGAUGUAUUAUUUGUAGAUAAAUCCAUGAGAAACAAAGAAGAGUGUUAGGUCUUGUUUUUGCAAUUUGUAAUAUUUUGUAUUUGUUGUCAUUAUAUUUCACCAUGAGAAAUACCCUUUUUGGGGUUUAUAACGAUAGUUUGGUCUUACUUGUAACAAUAAUUACAAACAAAAAUUAUAGUAUAAAAAUUAAUGAAGGUCAUAUAAA